AUGCUUUUUAAUCGCAUUCUGAUGACUAGAGAUAGGUAAACAUUUCUAACGUUAUCAAACAAGUUAUGAGAAACCAUAAAAAGUGGUUUUUCCCUAAAUAACAAAACUCUUAUUCUCAUUUCUCACAUGCUAUGUUCUAAGAAAGAAGAGGACGUUUUUACCGCAUUUCAUUGAGAGUAUUGAACACUGGAACUCAAGCAAAUUCAUUUUUCAGCAGAUUUCGCGUGUCACUUUCAUUACUCUGUAUUUUACUUUACAUUAUUACUCGAAAGUAUCAAGAUUGAAAAACUAAUAUGUUGGAUUUUCUGUAAUCGACGACAAAGAACAUUACAUUAGUUUUGUCGCAUGCUCGUAAAGCAUAAAAAUUUGUGUGAAAGGGUCUGUAGAAUGAAUAUAGUCUUAAUCAAUGUGAAUAAAGGAAUUGUUUCUAUUUGCCUCUCUUAAAUCUCUUAAAUUGCAAAUACGAUCUCGAAAGUGCAAACUUAAUUUCCAAAUUAUUUUUUUCUUGCUGCCUCUUGAGCACAAUGCCGUGCUUUUCAGCAUGCCCUAGGCGUGUACAGAAACACAUACAAGAACAAGAACCGGUCGGUCGUGCAAAGACAGCCGAGCGCAGCGUCUCUGAUAUUAAUGUGCCGAAAUAUGUCUGCAAGAAGCCCAGUCAGCAGCUUAAAUGUCAUAAUGUGUUUUACACGCAAUCUCUUCUGCCUAGAGAAGUACGUGUAAGCGUUCCGCGUAAAGUACAACUACCACGCAAAGAACUGGAACGAUUAAAAGGCGCUUCGAAGGUUGUCACAUUAGAGGAUCGCCUAGACGAUUUAAUGAAAAAGGAGAAGGAAAUGAAGCGAUUGGAAGAAGAAGCUGAACGGACUCGAGAACGUUUCAAGAAAAUCGACGAUGCUCGCAAAAAGAAGGCUGAAGAAAUUGCUUUGGUCCAGAAAGGAGAGCAGGUUCAAGGUAAAUUGCAGGUUUUAGAAAAAGCUUUUCUAGCUAAACACGAACAAGAAGAAGAGGUGAAAAAGGUAAAUCGCAUUAUACUCGACGCCAAAUGCCACGCGGUCCGCGAUGCCCAAAUUCAAGAAAAGAGUAAAUUAUUUAAAGAGCUACGAAGAGAAGAAAUACGUUUAGAGCAACAGGUCAUAGAAAGAGCUAUGAAAUCACUCAAUGCCGAAGAUGAUCAAUUCGAUAAGAAACAAGAGGCAAAACAAAAAUACGCAGAAGAAAUAAAGAAGCAAUUACUUGAACGGGAAAAUCAACGUUUCCUUGAGGCUGAACGCAUAGAAAAAGAGGCAAAAAUGCUGCGUGAAAUCAACGAAGCUUUUAAACGUGACGAAGAGCGGCAACAACAAUUAUCUAAAGAGAGGCGUUUGAAAUUUCGCGACGAAUUGGCCCAAGUGGUGGAAAUGUCUAACGUUUUCAAACGUAUGUUAUGUGAGCAAGAGAGAACUACAGAAAUGAAAAUAGCGGCCUAUAUGCGGGAAAAGGAUGAGCGGUUGCGGUCUUUAGCCCACGAAAAAAAAUUGCAGAAACAAGAACAUGAUCGCAAACAUCAGCGCCUUUUUAAUUUGGCUCAAAAAGCACUUGAGUCGCGUUCACAACGUGACGAGAUUACCUAUCUUAGACAAAGGGAACAUUUAGAGAGAGAAUACCGUCAAAAAGAAAAGGAAGCCGCAAUGAAAAAACGACAAAUCGAAAAAGAAUUAAGCGAUGCCCGCGAACAUCAACUGCAAGAAACUAAGCAUCGGCAAGCACUUCAAAUUGCUCGUGCCGAACAAGAUUUUAAUGUAUUAGUUGAACGUUUAAAGAAAGAGGAGGAAGAAGACCGGAAACUCGACAUAGAAAGGCAACGGAAACGCAAUUGUUAUCGAACAGAUAUAAUACGGCAAAUGGGUGAUAAAGAAAUGGAGCGACGACGAUUGCUGGACUUAGAACGUAGCGAAGCUUCAGCUUGGCGUGAACGUGAACGACAACGUGAUGCCAACAUUAAGGCCGUCAUCAAUGCUAAAUUAGCAGCUAUGCGUGAUGCUUGUCUACCCGAGAAGUAUAUCAAAGAUGUAGAAACGCAGUUACAGCGGAUUACCAAUACCCAACGCCAGAAGCUGACAAAAUAGAUAAAUUAAUAUUUGAUUAAGUAUGGUAAUUAUUAUUUUCAACUAAGAAUUAUUAUUUUUUAAAUAAUUAGUAAUCAUAAGGAGGGCGAAUUAGAACGAGGCAACAAGCAUUUUUUGCAUAAUUAAAAAAAAGGGAAAUGCACAAUUUCUGUAGUUAACGGAGCUACCUGCUGACAGA